AUGUCUAAGCUUGUGCGUUCCUUAAAGAAUGUCAAGUAUUCCUCGGCCCAGAAUCUUGUCAGAAAUGCCACCUCAAAUGACCCCACGGGACCAACAAAGUACGAUAUGGAGGAGAUAGCCUCCUACACUUACCAGUCACAAACGGAGUUUAUGGAAGUGAUGGAUAUGCUAGACCGUCGUCUCAACGACAAGGGCAAGAACUGGAGGCACACCGCCAAGUCCUUGACUGUGUUGGACUAUUUGGUGAGAUUCGGCUCUGAAAAAUGUGUCUUGUGGGCCAAGGAUAACAUCUACAUCAUCAAAACGUUGAGAGAGUUUAUCCACUUGGACGAGGCAGAUAAAGACCAAGGUGCUAUUAUCCGUGUCAAAGCCCAGGAAUUGGUUGCUUUGCUACGCGACGAUGAGAGAUUGAAACUGGAGCGGCAAUUGGCCAAGCGUGGUAAGCGUAAGAACUUUGAUGACGACGACGACGACGAGGACUUGGACUCAGAUAGCAACGGCAGGGAAAGAAGAAGAAGAGAUAGAAGAAGGGAUAGAGAUAGAGCUAGAGACGAACCAUAUGAUGAAGACUUGCAAAAAGCGUUGGAAUUGUCGAGGUUGACAGCUGAAGAAGAGCAGAACCGCGCAAGAGAGGCUGAAAAUGACCCUGACUUGGAUGCUGCCAUCAAAUUGUCUUUAGAGGAGGAAGAAUUGAGGAAGCAGCAACAGAACUCAAACUUGUUGGAUUUGAAUGACGAGCCGCAAUACCAGCAUCAACAGCAGCAACAACCACAGUAUUAUUUAGCUACGGGAUAUUACCAGCAACAGCAGCAGCAGCCAUUGUUUGACCAACAAACCCAGCAGUAUCAACAAUAUGACAUGUUUGGCAACCCAAUUCAAAACCCAAUGGAUACUGGAUUUUAUAUGCAACAAGCUUACCAGCAGCAGCAGCAACUACAACAACAACAGCAACAGCAAUUCCAACCCAAUCAAUUUACCGGAUUCAACUAUGGCCAGCCUCAACAACAACAACAACAACAACAACAACAGGCUCCGUUGCAACCUUUGAAAACCGGCUCAAACAACCCAUUCGCUUUGAACUCAGGCACGACCAACAACAAGCCCCACACUCAAACGUUGAACGACUUGGCAGAGGAGCAGUUCCAGCAGCAGCAGCAGCAACCACAAUCGCAACCGCAGACACAGCCUCAGUUCUUUACACAGCCCACCACUGCUCCAUUGAAACAACAAAACACCUCGGGUUCGAGAUUCAAUGAAACUCACGAGUUGAACGACCUCUUGACCCAGGGAACAGGCUUGGACACUUUUGGAAACACGGGUGCCUCGCGUAUUUCUCACCAACACACAAAGACGCAGCAAUUUAUCAAUUCAAGCGGAACUGGAUACAGGCAAAUCACCAAUGCUCAGCCCGCCAUCAGCUCAAACGCCACCGGCAACCCAUUCCUAAACACAGGCAUGGGGUACCAACAACAACAACAACAGCCACAAGCUGCUGGUGCUCCUCCACAGCAGAUCAACGCCGCUUACACUGGGUUCGGAUUUGGGAAUGCCCAGCCGCAACCACCACCACAACAACACAAAAGCAACGAUGGGCCCAGCUUGAUAGACAUUUAG